GGGCAAAAUGGGUAAAGGGAAAAAUAUAAGGGGACGAAAUUUCAGAGGAAUUCAAGAAGGUAGGAGGAGGAAGAAAGACGAAGGUGAACGUGCAGUGAUCUGUCCGUUUCAGCAUACGUACAACGAAGCUCUUGGGAGUUAUACCAAGAACAAGAAAGGCAUUGAGAGCAUCGCAAGGACAGAGAAGAAGAGGUUUCUGUGUUAAGCUGGACGAUGAGUGGAUGGGACAGGAUUCGAACAUCAUCGUCUUCUCCAAGAUCGUCUCUUGGAAUGGGUUCCAAUCCGACUCGUAACCUUCCCAACCGCAUACCUUCCAGUCGAACUGUUCAACUCGGCCGAGUCCAGCCCCAAGCCCCUGGUCAUCGUACCGUUUUCUGCAACGAUCGCGACGCCAAUCGUCCCGUCCGAUUCAAGGGGAAUUCGAUAUCAACCACAAAAUUCAAUCUUUUCACUUUCUUGCCAAAAGCUCUGUUUGAACAGUUCAGGCGGGUGGCUAAUCUAUACUUUCUUACAAUCUCAAUUUUGUCAACCACACCUAUCAGUCCUGUGUCUCCAAUAACUAAUGUGGCUCCUCUAUCACUGGUGCUUCUUAUCUCUCUUAUUAAGGAAGCUUUUGAGGACUGGAAGCGCUUUCAGAAUGACUUGGCCGUAAACAACAAUUUGAUUGAUGUUUUGCAAGACCAAAAGUGGGUUUCCAUACCCUGGAAAAGGUUGCAGGUUGGAGAUGUCAUCAGGGUUAAGCAGGAUGGGUUCUUUCCCGCAGAUCUGCUUUUCCUGGCCAGUACCAAUGCUGAUGGUGUCUGCUACAUUGAGACUUCCAAUUUGGAUGGGGAAACUAAUUUGAAGAUUAGGAAAGCAUUGGAAAAGACUUGGGAUUACCUGACUCCAGAGAAGGCAUCUGAGUUUAAAGGUGAAGUGCAGUGUGAACAACCAAACAAUUCAUUGUAUACCUUCACUGGGAAUCUUAUAAUUCAAAAGCAAACACUGCCUCUCAGUCCUAACCAACUUUUGUUGCGAGGAUGCAGUCUCAGGAAUACAGAGUAUAUUGUUGGGGUUGUUAUUUUUACCGGACAUGAAACAAAGGUAAUGAUGAAUACAAUGAAUGUUCCUUCCAAAAGAAGUACAUUGGAGAGGAAGCUUGACAGGCUCAUACUUGCUCUAUUUGCGACUCUCUUUGUAAUGUGUUUACUUGGAGCCAUUGGCAGUGGCAUCUUCGUAAACAACAAGUAUUUCUACUUACGUCUUAAUGCAGGUGAUGAGGGUUCUGGGCAGUUCAACCCUGGGAAUAGAAUUUUGGUUAUUACUUUGACGAUGUUUACCCUCAUCACUCUAUACUCGACAAUCAUCCCCAUUUCACUUUACGUGUCAAUAGAGAUGAUCAAAUUUAUUCAGUGCACUCAGUUUAUCAACAAAGAUUUGCGCAUGUACCACAGUGAGACCAACACCCCUGCGUUGGCUAGAACUUCCAAUCUAAAUGAAGAACUUGGGCAGGUGGAAUACAUCUUCUCUGACAAAACUGGGACCCUGACAAGGAACUUGAUGGAAUUCUUCAAGUGUUCAAUUGGAGGGGAGAUCUAUGGAAAUGGCAUCACUGAAAUUGAGAGAGGAAUGGCUGAACGCAAUGGCAUUAGAAUGCAGGAAAAUAGGUCAACCAAUGCUGUGCAAGAAAAGGGUUUUAAUUUUGAUGAUACAAGGCUUAUGCGUGGAGCCUGGAGGAAUGAGCCUAAUCCUGAUAGUUGCAAGGAAUUUUUCAGAUGUCUUGCUAUAUGUCAUACUGUACUUCCUGAGGGUGAUGAGUCCCCUGAAAAGAUCAGAUAUCAGGCUGCAUCACCUGAUGAGGCUGCUUUGGUUAUUGCUGCAAAGAACUUCGGUUUCUUCUUUUACAGGCGCACACCUACCUCAAUAUAUGUUCGUGAAUCUCAUGUUGAAAAGAUGGGUAAAAUUCAGGAUGUGUCUUAUGAGAUUUUGAAUGUGCUUGAGUUUAACAGUACAAGGAAGCGUCAGUCUGUUGUAUGUCGUUAUCCAGAUGGGAGACUUGUGCUAUACUGUAAGGGUGCUGACAGUGUAAUCUAUGAGAGAUUGGCUGAUGGUUAUAAUGACAUAAAGAAAGUGACUAGGGAUCAUUUGGAACAAUUUGGGUCUGCUGGACUGCGUACUUUAUGCUUAGCCUACAAAGAGUUGCCCCCUGAUGUGUAUGAAAGCUGGAAUGAGAAGUUCAUCCAAGCCAAGUCAUCUCUUCGUGAUCGUGAAAAGAAGUUAGAUGAGGUGGCAGAACUUAUAGAACAUGGUCUCGUUUUGAUUGGUUGCACUGCCAUAGAAGACAAGCUUCAAGAAGGAGUACCAAAUACUAUAGAGACUCUUCAAAGGGCCGGCAUUAAAAUUUGGGUUCUCACAGGAGAUAAGAUUGAAACAGCCAUAAAUAUUGCCUAUGCAUGCAAUCUAAUAAACAAUGAGAUGAAGCAAUUUGUCAUAAGUUCUGAAACAGAUGUGAUUAGAGAAGCGGAGGAAAGGGGUGACCAAGUGGAAAUUGCACGUGUCACUAAGGAAGAAGUGAAAAAAGAGCUGAAGAAGUGCCUUGAGGAAGCACAGAGCUACCUUUCAUCUCUAUCUGGACCUAAAUUAGCUCUUGUAAUUGAUGGGAAAUGUCUAAUGUAUGCAUUAGAUCCUAGUUUAAGAGUGAUGCUGCUGAAUUUGAGUUUAAAUUGUCAUGCAGUUGUUUGCUGCCGAGUUUCUCCUUUACAGAAAGCACAGGUCACAAGUUUGGUCAAAAAGGGUGCCCGGAAAAUAACACUUAGUAUUGGUGAUGGAGCCAAUGAUGUCAGCAUGAUUCAGGCUGCUCAUGUUGGUGUUGGCAUAAGUGGGCUAGAGGGGAUGCAAGCAGUAAUGGCUAGUGAUUUUGCCAUUGCACAGUUUCGUUACCUUGCAGAUUUAUUACUUGUUCAUGGCCGGUGGUCAUAUCUUCGAAUAUGCAAGGUGGUGACGUACUUCUUUUACAAGAAUCUCACAUUCACUCUCACUCAGUUCUGGUUUACUUUUCAAACUGGGUUUUCUGGUCAGAGGUUCUAUGAUGAUUGGUUUCAGUCAUUGUAUAAUGUGAUCUUCACAGCACUACCAGUGAUCAUUGUUGGACUGUUUGACAAGGAUGUCAGUGCAUCUCUUUCCGUGAAGUACCCUGAGUUGUACAUGGAGGGGAUAAGAAAUGUCUUCUUCAAAUGGAGGGUUGUGGCAAUAUGGGCCUUUUUUUCGGUUUACCAGUCUCUAAUAUUGUACUAUUUUGUUAGUGCAGCAAGUUUAAGUGCUAAAAAUUCAGCUGGCCUAACAUUUGGAGUUUGGGAUGUCAGUACAAUGGCGUUCACAUGUGUUGUAAUAACUGUGAACUUGCGGCUUCUUAUGAUUUGUAAUUCAAUUACAAAGUGGCACACUAUCAGCGUUGGUGGAAGUAUAUUAGCAUGGUUUAUUUUUGCUUUCAUAUAUUGCGCCAUCAUUGGACAGGGGAAUACUUAUUUUGUCAUAUAUGUCUUGAUGAGUACGAUCUAUUUCUACCUCUCAAUUAUUUUAGUACCCGUUGUCGCACUUUUUGGUGACUUUGUUUAUCAAGGGGUUCAAAGGUGGUUCUUCCCCUAUGACUAUCAGAUUGUUCAGGAAAUGCAUCGGCACGAAGGGGAGGGUACUGGCAGGGCACGGCUGCUGGAGAUAGAGGACCAGCUUACACCAGCAGAGGCAAGAAGCUAUGCCAUAUCUCAACUCCCUCGCGAGAUCUCGAAGCACACAGGGUUUGCUUUUGAUUCGCCUGGGUACGAGUCCUUUUUCGCUGCACAGUUAGGUGUCUAUGCCCCACAAAAGGCAUGGGAUGUUGCCAGACGAGCUAGUGCCAGGUCAAAGCCCAAAGUCCAGAAAAAAUGAUAACUGAUUUGAGAGUAGGAUGAUUUGUAAAAUUACUUUCUUUUUUUAAGUUUGGCUUCCCAGUAUGAGAGCCAGUUUUAGGAGUAACUGUUAUAGAAUGCAUGUGCUAUAGUAUCUUGAUUAUUUUCAGUUAGGGGGAUAUCUUCCUCUUGGGAAGUUGAAGCAGAGCAGGUUGGCAGGAUUUCUUAGGUGUACAUUACACGAUUUGUAAAAAUUCGAGGUCAAAUUAUAUCCUUUUUGUAGAAAUGCGACUUUUUUUUUUUUAAAUGUAGAGAUCGAUUUUCUUUGAAAUGUCAAUUAUUUUUCCGGUUGUUAACAAAA